GUGGAUGUUAAUUACCUACAUCCAGCUAACGCCUCUGCUUCAGCAACAAGUAUUAAUGAAUGAAUGCUUAUCAGUCUGGAUGAUCGCCCGCAAUAUGCGGGCUUAAUUUCUUGUAUUUAUUAAGUGUAGGAUUGUAUGCAACUAUGUAUGCUAGUGCACAUACUGAUACAUAUUUAGUUAAUGGGUUGCAUGGAACUGAUUUAUUCAUAUUUCAUGCAUCACAAAUCUCAUCUACAUACAUUCAUACAUACGUGCAUAUAAAUAUGUUCAUAAUAUGUACGUAUAUGAACUUCAUAUACGUACAUAUGCACAUACAUAUUUCAGGAUCAUGAAUGAGAAACAUUGUAAUGCUAACAGUAUUGUAAAUACUACGAUUCAUGAAGGCCAAACACUAUGGAUAUGGAUAUGUAUGUAUGAAAGAUGUGCACCUGUUGCCCAAUAUUAUGCUGGAGUAUGCAUAUGAACACAUAUGUAUGUAUACGUAUUACAUAUGUACAUACGCUGUAGUUUACUUUCAUUUUCUUUUUGUCUCAUGUAUUAAGCAUACUUUUUUUAAUUGACAGGUUUUAUAUUUACAACGAGAAUUAAGUAAUUUCUCAUAUCUGUGUUACUUCGUGUAAUGCUGUAUUAUUUCAAAUAAAUCUAAAUAUCGUAUCUAAUUAUCCAAAUUUGAUAAGUUGGUUAGUGAUUUAUUUAUAUUUAAUUUGCAAUGAUGCAAUGAGUUCAGUAGUUUCAAGUUGAAAGCUUAAUAAAGUUUUAGCCAGAUAACUUGCUUCUUUUAGUUGGGACUGUUUCAUUCGGUUCAAUCACCGUAAACGGGGCCCUGCAGGGAUGAAAUUACAAUUAGAUACAGACCAACUUCUCCCAUGGAUUGGAGCUGGAGUCAGCUUGGGGGGAUUAAUUGUUGCUGCGUCUUUCGUUAUCCCGAAACUUUUAAUUAGGAGGAAAUUGUCGCGUUUUUCUGCAGACAAGUGUCAGAAAAAUGUCGUCAUUUUACACGGGACCAGGCGAACUGCCGGAAUUCCUGCAGCUUCACCUUUCGUCUUAAAAUUAGAAACUUUCAUCCGAAUGGCAAAUAUCCCUUACAAAUAUGACGGAAAUUUGUCAAACUCAUUGGGACCCAAAGGCAAAUGUCCGUGGCUUUCUUUAAAUGGGGAACAUGUCGCAGAUUCUCAAAUUUGUAUCGAGUUCUUACAAAAAAAAUUUGACAACCCAAUCCAUAAUUCUUACUCGGAGAAAGAAUUGGCAAUUGCUCGCAUGGUCAGGAUCAGUUUGGAAGAUAAAAUUUACUGGGAACUGUUGCUCUGGGCCUUCGUCUGGCCAGGAGAUGGACAAAUUGCCGUCCAGAAAUUUCUCAAGUUUCCAUACCUUCUUGUCAAAUAUUUUAAUCGACAUUAUACAAAGCUGGCUUGGGCACACGGAGUUGGACGACAUGAUAAGGAAACUGUAAAGUCAUGGCUGCUGAAAGAUGUUUCUGCUGUGGCCGAAAUCUUGGGGGAUAACAAGUUCCUUUUAGGAGAAGAUCCUUGCGUGGAGGAUGCAUGUGUUUUUGGCUGUCUUUCCCAAUUGUUGUGGGGAUAUCAAAGCAUGUCCCACCAUGCUGCAGUUAUCAGAGAACGUCACCAAAAUAUUGUGGAUUAUUGCAAUCGGAUGAAGGAACUUUAUUAUCCGGAUUGGGACCAACUUUUAGAAAAGUAAAAGGAAGAUCAGUAAAGCAGAAAGCCAAAGAUAUUAAGUGUACAAUGUACAAAGAAUUAUUAACUUUAUCAGGUUUUUCGUCAGUAUUAUGGAAUUUUAGUCACAAAGUUUAGUGCAAUAUUCAUAUAUGCGUGCAGUAUACGAGUAAUAAAGUAGUGAGAAUGUUA